ACUAAAUAUGGCGCGAAAAUCUUGCCAUAUCCCGGUAACCUCAACAGCAAGAUUUUCCGCCGUUUUCCUCCUCAUUGCCUCCUCCCUCCUCCUCCAUGGCCCCGCCGUCUCCGGUGGCCAAAAUUACCAUGACGCCCUCAAGAAAAGCAUACUCUUUUUCGAAGGCCAACGCUCCGGCGAACUCCCUCCCGACCAGCGUGUCCGGUGGCGCAAAGACUCCGCAUUGCACGACGGAGCCUCCGUCGGAGUGGACUUGACCGGAGGAUACUACGAUGCCGGAGACAACAUAAAAUUCGGCUUUCCGAUGGCCUUUACCACCACAUUGUUGUCUUGGAGCAUUAUAGACUUCGGGAGGAACAUGGGAAGUGAACUGGACAAUGCACUGAAGGCGGUCAAAUGGGGGACUGACUACUUGCUGAAAGCGACCGCGAAAGAGGGCAUUAUUUACGUACAAGUUGGGGACGCAAUUUCCGACCAUAAUUGUUGGGAAAGGCCUGAAGAUAUGGAUACGUUGAGGACCGUUUACAAGAUAGAUGUUAACCAUCCGGGCUCUGAUGUUGCUGGUGAAACUGCCGCCGCUUUGGCUGCUGCUUCCAUUGUCUUUAGGUCCCGUGACCCUGCUUAUUCUAGGCUCCUGCUCAAUCGUGCCAUGAAGGUGUUCCAGUUCGCUGACAGGCACCGGGGUGCGUACAGCUCCAGCCUGCGCUCUGCAGUUUGCCCUUUUUAUUGUGAUGUUAAUGGGUACCAGGAUGAGUUGCUUUGGGGGGCGGCAUGGUUACACAAGGCGUCAAGAAGGCGUGAAUACAGGGAGUAUAUAGUAAGGAACGAGGUGAUAUUGAGGGCGGCAGACACAAUUAAUGAAUUCGGAUGGGAUAACAAACACGCCGGGAUUAACGUUCUCAUUUCCAAGGAAGUGCUGAUGGGCAAAGCAGAUGAUCUGCAAUCCUUCAGGAGAAAUGCAGAUGGUUUCAUCUGUUCUAUAUUGCCUGGAAUUUCUCAUCCUCAGGUCCAGUAUUCUCCAGGUGGACUGAUUGUCAAAGCUGGAGUUUGCAACAUGCAGCAUGUAACAUCCCUAUCUUUCCUGCUCUUAGCUUACUCUAAUUAUCUAAGCCACGCCAAUAAGGCCGUGCCAUGUGGCGAGACGUUGGCUUCCCCUUCUCUCCUCAAAAAUUUAGCCAAACGUCAGGUUGACUAUAUUCUUGGGGAUAAUCCAAUGGGAAUGUCGUACAUGGUGGGGUACGGAGAACAUUAUCCGCAGAGGAUUCAUCAUCGGGCUAGUUCGUUACCAUCAGUUCGGGUCCACCCGGCCCACAUUGGCUGCAAAGAAGGGUCGAGGUACUUCCUAAGUCCAGAUCCAAAUCCUAACCCUCUGGUAGGUGCUGUAGUUGGUGGACCCAACACCACUGAUGCGUUCCCUGACUCUAGGCCCUUUUUUCAGGAGUCUGAGCCCACCACUUAUGUCAAUGCCCCAUUAGUGGGCCUGUUGGCCUACUUUUCAACCCAUCCAUGAUUUACACUCCGUGAUGUGAAGAGAGAAUGUAGUGGUGUGCAAAGGCCACCCUCUCUAUUAUUGUCAUUAUUGUUAUUAUCAUUACUAAAGUUCCUAAUUGUAUCAUUUCAAUUAAUGAAAGUAAAGUAGUUUUUUUUUUUA